UACAAUGAGAUGGGUAUUUAUAUAACUGUUAGAAACCAGAAAGGGUUUUUUUUGAAUUGAUCCUUCUCUCCCCUACUUAACAUUUGAUAGUCUUCUACGGAAAGAACACUGUAGUCUUCAGACAACAAGAAGUUUGGAAGGCAUACCUCUUCGCCCGACGUAAGUGGUGUACUUGUGAACGAUAAUUGGAUUUUUCAGUAGCAUUAUAGUCUCCUUCAGUAGCUGCUACAGCGUCUCACGCCUGUUUCGGAUUCAAUCGGCGAUUGGUGAUUUUGACAGGGCUUCUGGAUAAUGGCUUUGAGGCGUAUGCUCGGGUAUUCCGAUGGAGAGUUAAUGAGAUCAGAUGCAAAACCCUGCUCAAGGCUUAUGAGACAAACAGCUGGCAUUUUUUCCGUUGGAGGAGCAUUAGGAUUUUGGGUUCUUUGCCGAUUGCACUAUGGUCCUAGAAUCACAGUUCCUAGAAGUCUUAGAUGGGCAACUUGUGGGGCUAUUUCUAUGAGCUCAAGCACAGCUUUGCUAGUUCGUCUAUUUAGUCCUGAAUGUGAACCACAAAACAUAGCUGCCUACGACAAGAAAGGAUGAUGUUACUUUUCUUCCGAAAUCAGUCAGUAAAACUGAAGAAUGAUGUCCUAUUUAAUUCGUGUGUAACUUUUUAAGGAUUCCCCUUCCACAAGCAUCACAGAUACAGCUGCCCGUGUUAGCCAGGGGAGAAGAACCAACAUUUAAAUGCUAAACUAUUUUCUCACUGAGGGCCUAUCUUGUUUGCUACUAACUGUUAUAUCAAUUUCUGUUGUGUAAAAAUGCUACAAGCACUCGUGAAGUGAUGCUUAAGCUGUCUAAGUUCUCUCCUUCUAACAGCCAAUUCUAUGUCAUAUUCUACAAAGUGGAAAUACCUAUUUGUGUGAAUGAUUUAUUCUUUGGCCUAAGCUUUCAA